AUGGUUAACUGCUGGGCACCCCUGUGUUCACACAAUUCUGUUAGAGAAUCGUGUAGUUUUUUUCGUUUUCCGACAGAUGUGACAUUACGAAAUUCUUGGACAAAUACAGUUAGAAGAGCAUAUUCUAUUCCAUCAAAUAAUAGCCGAUUAUGUAGUUGUCAUUUUAAAGAUAGUUUAAAAGAGAAUGGUCCGUCUAUAUUUGCUUGGAAUGAAAACAAAAUAAUGCAUUUUGUUUCUCCCAAAAAAACGUAA